CACCAAAGAUGAGCCAAGAGCCGCCGCCGGUGGUCAACACUUCUCCACCGCCGCAGCCACAGUCAGAGCCACCGCGGAGAAGGUGGGUGGCUGUGGCCAGAGCAUUUUUUGACCUUCCAAACCCAGAGAUCUUCAAGAUGUUUCUCAUAAGCAGCUUGGCCACGUUCUCAUCGGGCAUUGCCUUGGCCGUGGAAUGGACCCUUCAUGGCCAACACCACCCCGGCUUCCGCUGGAUCGUCUACUACGCCUCGUCUCUGAUAUCUCUUCCCAUCCUCAUCUGGUUCGGCUUUACCAUUCUCAUCGCCUUCAGCGCUCGUUCGGAAACAAAUGCGGCACAUGAGCACGGACCCUCAGGUCAGUCUCCCGACGUUUCUGACGAAACCGACAACCACCCAUGUCGGAGUCUGGCCGUAGUGGUUCCUUCUGAUGAAAGGAGCAAGACCGUUGCCUUGUAAUAGCAUUCGAUCCCCAUUCAUGUUUUAUCUCGAAGCAUGCAAAAACUUUCCCACUCGCUGCUUAGUUCUCAUUGGAUU